CUAUUUUAUUCUCAGUGAGCCACUACUCACUAAAGUUCGUGCAUGCCGGUCGCGUCUUCCAGUGUAGUUGUGAUCAGGAAAUAUUCGAUUUGCUCUUCAGCAUCUGAAGGCUUGUUAUUCUCUGCAAGUUCAUCGUACAUAGCCGUGGUUGCUAUUGAUUUUGGGACCACAUACAGUGGCUUUGCUUUUGCUUUCAACUACAAGAAAGGAGAAGGAGGUAUCCAUAUGAACAAAGCAUGGGGACAUGACCAGGGAGCUGCUACCCUUAAGACACCAACUUCUUUGCUUCUUCGCCCAGAUGGCAAAUUUGAUUCAUUUGGAUACGAAGCGGAGGAAAAGUACGCCAACUUCUCUGAUGGUGAAGAUCGAGACUAUUUAUACUUCAAACAUUUCAAAAUGGCACUUCACAAGUCAGAGACACUAGACAGAAAUACCAAGCUGACGGCUCGAAAUGGAAAAACAGUUGAUGCUUUGGUUGUUUUUGCCCACUCAAUGAGGUUUCUCAAAGAUCGAGCUAUCGAAAUUAUCCGCGAGAGAACUGGGGACGAAAAGUAUAAUGAAAAAGACAUUCGAUGGGUCAUAACAGUACCUGCCAUUUGGAGACCCGCCGCUAAGCAAUUCAUGAGAGAAGCUGCAUAUAAGGCUAAGAUGGCAUCGGAUAAUAACCCCGAACAGCUGCUUAUCGCUUUGGAACCAGAAGCAGCCUCAAUAUACUGCAGAGAAAUGAAGAUGAGAGAAUUUACCAAUGAGAAAGGAGAUGCCACUGUAUCUGACGUCUUUGCUCGACCUGAGUCAAAAUACCUUGUUAUUGAUAUCGGAGGCGGGACUCUUGAUGUCACAGCUCAUGAAAUCUUAAAUAAUGGAAACAUUAAAGAAAUCCAUCAAGUGACCGGAGGACCUUAUGGUGGAACUAAAGUUGAUGAGGAGUUCGUGUGCCUGCUUGAGAGCUUUUUUGGAACUUCUCAAGUGAAAAACUUCCGUGACAACUACCCAGCAGAAUGGCUUGAGAUGAUGAAUGAAUUUGAGAUGAAGAAGCGAGGACGCCGAGCUUACGAGGGUGAAGCAACUAGAAUUCGCCUUCCCAGAACCUUUACAGCACUGGUUUCAGAACAAGGUGGGCCCUAUCUGGCAAGACGAUUUGCAAGUUCCUGUAGAACUGACGAUGUCCAAUUCGUCCGAAAUGAGUACUUCUGUAUAGGACCAGCGGCCAUGAAAAAGUUGUUUGAACCCGUUCUGAAUGAAAUAGUGAAGCACCUGAACAACCUCCUUAAGCAUCGUAUGCUCCGUAAGCUGCAAUUUUUCUUCCUUGUCGGAGGUUUUGCCGAGUCAGCAAUACUUCAGGAUGCAAUCAAGCAGAAUUUUGGCCGGAGAUGCAGAAUUUUAGUUCCGAGCAACGCCAGCAUUGCAGUUGUCCAAGGUGCGGUGAUGUUUGGCCAAAUACCUGACAUUGUCGACUCCAGAGUAAUGUCUACGACUUAUGGCUUCGAUACGUACCUUCCAUUUGAUCCCAGUCUUCACCCAAUUGAGAAGCAGCAAAUCGUUGACGGUGUAGCCUACUGUGAAGAUUGCUUUGUGGUUCUUGUUAAAGAGAAUGACAUUGUAAGGACAGGUGAAAAGAAAGUCUUCCCUGACUACAGGCCAUUGAAAGAAAGUCAAACAGCAUGCAGGUUCAGUUUUUUCACCUCGACCAAUCCUGACGCCAAAUAUUCAACAGACGCUGCAGUUAGCAACUCCAUAGGAGAGGUUGUCGUCAAAUCACCUAUCGUUACGAAAGGAGCCAACCGAAUGAUUGACUUAGCGAUAGAGUUUGGCGGAACUGAGAUUAAAGCCACUGCAAUAGACAAGAACAGUGGGAACACUGCCACGGUAUAUCUUGACUUCCUGGGCAGUAAGGAGUAAAAAUCAACAACAAAUCGCGUAAGAAGAUACUAAGUCCACGAGUGAAUAUGUGUUAUAAAUUGACUGCGUUCAGAGAAAAUAAAUGCCGUCGUUAUCAUUGGAUCAAGUAAACCUGAUUUAUCCCUGAAAAUAGUGGUAAACCUUUGCUUUAGUCUCCGUGUGUAUGGAGACCAUCAGGAACAACUCCCUGUUGAAGCUAGACCCAACAUUAUGAGGCAUCUUUGAACUACGUUAUAUAACUGAAACACAAGAUUACUACAAAUUUCCUACUACCUAGGACCGGAAUACUGUUAGAUCCAUACUGAAUUUCUUAGAAUAAAGUGAGUUCACCAAAUGGAGUCCUAGGAACUACAGUCAAUUCCAGCUUUGACGUUAUCUUGUAACAAAGUAAAAUAUUGACCAAUUGCAUGCUGCAUUUCUUUCGCGCAGUACUGUUCAUUUAAUUAAAAAAUGCCUGGACAGUCA